UACUCAAUUGAUUAAACCCUUUAAGCCUUGAGCCCCUGUCAUCCGAGUAGGCGCAAACCAAAAAUUGACUAGGUACUCGUAGCUAUGGCGAGCCCAGAAGAAGCAAAGCUCGAAACUUUCAUGCAGUGGCUACAGGCAAAUGGGGUGGAGCUACGAGGUUGCAAGAUCAAAUGGUGUGAUUCCAAACGAGGGUUUGGCAUCUUUUAUGAAAAGGAUGUUUCUGAUGGGGUUAUGUUGGUUGUUCCACUAGAUUUAGCCAUUACUCCAAUGAGGGUGUUGCAAGAUCCUCUUCUAGGACCAGCAUGUAGAGCAAUGUUUGAAGAAGGAGAUGUGGAUGACAGGUUACUAAUAAUAUUGUUAUUGACUGUGGAGCGGUUGCGUAAGAAUUCUCUAUGGAAGCCGUACCUCGAUAUGCUUCCAACCACUUUUGGGAAUCCACUUUGGUUUAGUGAUGAUGAACUUCAAGAACUGAGAGGAACAACAUUAUAUCGUGCGACUGAGUUGCAGAAGAAAAGCCUGCUUUCUCUGUAUGAAACUAAAGUGAAGGAUAUAGUGAAGAAACUUUUGACUCUUGAUGGGAAUUCAGAGAUGUAUGGUGAGGUGUGCUUUGAAGAUUUCCUUUGGGCGAAUUCAGUAUUUUGGACCCGUGCUUUAAACAUUCCAAUGCCUCGAUCCUAUGUAUUUCCAGAAAUGCAAGAUGAUCAUGGCAGUUGCAUUCCUGAAGCUGAUGAAAAAAGAAACCAGGUUAAAAAAUCUAACAAUCUGACCACGAAAGCGGCAUGUAACAGUUGCACAGUGACAGGAGAAACUGUUUGGGUGGAGGGUCUUGUCCCUGGCAUUGACUUUUGUAACCAUGAUCUAAAGCCGAUAGCAACGUGGGAAGUUGAUGGAACUGGUUUAGCAACAGGAGUUCCUUUCUCCAUGUAUCUUAUUUUGGCUGCUCAAAGUGACUUGCAAAAUGACCAAGAAAUUUCUAUUAGUUAUGGAAACAAGGGAAAUGAGGAACUUCUGUAUCUGUAUGGUUUUGUCAUUGAUGAGAACAUAGAUGACUAUGUCAUGGUCCACUAUCCAGCAGAAGCUAUGAAUACUAUUUCCCUUUCAGAGUCCAAAGGGCAGCUUCUCGAAGUGCAGAAUGCUGAAAUGAGAUGUCUUUUACACAAAACGUUUCUGGAUAAUGGGUUUUUUCCGCUAGGGACCCAAAUCAGUGGAGAAGAUAACAAGGGAAAAGCUGAACAAGUUUGCAACUAUAGUUGGAGCGGUCAGCGCAAGAUGCCAUCUUAUGCAAACAAGCUAGUGUUUCCUGAGAAAUUUAUGACUACUUUGAGGACCAUAGCCAUGCAAGAAGAAGAGCUUUACAAGGUUUCAUCAAUGCUGGAAGAGCUUGCUGGACCUGAAAGGGAGAGAGAACUAUCAGAUACAGAUGUCCAAUCAGCAGUAUGGGAGGUCUGUGGUGAUACUGGAGCUUUACAAUUGCUUGUUGAUCUUCUUCGUGUGAAGAUGAUGAAUCUUGAAGAGAGUUCUGGAACAGAUGAAGAUGACCUUGAUUUACUCAGGAAAGCCCUUAUUACUGAUGACCAGGAAGAUAGCAAACAAUGCACGAGCAAUUUAAGCACAAAGACAGAUGACUCUAAGGAGCCAAAGUUGAUGACUAGAAACAAGUGGUCUGCUAUAGUAUAUCGGCGUGGACAGAAACAGCUAACAAGGUUAUUCCUGCAAGAAGCAGAACAUGCUUUGCAGUUAUCACUGAAUGAAGAAGAGGUGACUUCUUGCUAACUAUGUCACAUUGUUUAGUCCUAUUUUCUCACUCUCAUCUUAACCAAUGGUUACUCCUUUUCUUUGAGUAAUUCUUAAAUAGGUCAAGUUCCUAUAGACACAACACAAUUAAUCAAAACAUCGAGUUAGAUGAAAAUAAUUGUAAACACUGUAUUCACUCAAGAAUUGCUCCAUCUAUCUUCUACACUUUAUUCAUUUUUAUUGGUUGA